CUCCAAUUUUGGAUUAAAUUGUUUCUGGAACAUGUCCAGUUGUGUAGUUUUUUGUUUAGAAGCUUCUAUUGGUGAUUUAUCAUGGUAGAAAGUGUGUCUCUUUUUCUCUGUUGACGUAACAACAUCAAUGCUGUCAUUACGCCUGCGCAAUAUGCUCGUGUUGACGUCGUUGCGUGUAUCAGGGGCGAGCUGCGUCUCCACGCAGGCAGCACUGCGUGUAAUCGUCAGAAUUUGGCGCGAGGUACGUUCUGAAGAGUUUACGCGCAGUUUGUUUUUGCACUACAGCGACUUUAGGAACAACACUGUUUAGAAGACCGCCCGUCGUUAAAACUGGAUUAUGCUCAUUAUCUUCAAGGGAAAGAACUGAAAAAGGCCUGCCACAAUGUCAGUGGCUGUGGAAACCACAGUGUCCAGGAUGCCUCUCCCUCUUCCCACCCACUUCUCCCAUGCAGAGCAGUCCUUUUCCCUCAAAAAGCGCCGUCUCCCUUUUUCCUCACUAUGUACAUCCAACUCAUCCUACUGUUCACCUACCCAGCUCUCACAUUCUCUGCCCCCGCUGCCACCAUCCAAGGGAUGUCCCCCUCUGAGCAGGAUGUUCCCUCAGCAUCCAUCCCCCUGGACACCCCUGUCGUGUUCCCUUAGUAAGUCCCCUGCUCCGAAUCCUGUAUAUGAUCCCAGCAAACAGCAGUCCUAUUUCAGUCAGUGCUACACUAAUUUGGGCCUGCUGGGAAGAGGGUCGUUUGGAGAGGUCUACAAGGUGCAAAGCAAUGUGGACGGCCGGCAGUAUGCUGUCAAGCGCUCUGCUCAUCGCUUUAGGGGCAACAGUGAGAGGAACCGUAGCGUGAGGGAAGCCAGGAACCAUGAGCGCCUCUGUCCUCACCCUCAUAUCCUGAAUUUUGUGGCAGCCUGGGAGGAGUGUGGCCGACUUUACAUCCAGACAGAGCUGUGCAGCACCAGCUUGCUGCUCCAUGCUGAGAACCAGUCUCCUGGCCCAGAUGAGCCUGCAGCAUGGGCCUACCUGUGCGAUCUCCUUUCAGCACUGCAACACUUGCACUCUCAUGGUUUUGUGCAUCUUGACCUGAAGCCUGCCAAUGUCCUUGUUACUGACUCUGGCCGCCUCAAGCUGGGGGACUUUGGGCUGCUUUUUGAGCUCAAACAGAAGAGUACCGAGUCUGUAGAGGGGAAAGUGAAAGACGACAUCCAGGAAGGAGAUCCGAGAUACAUGGCCCCUGAGCUGCUCCGUGGGGAAUACGGUCCUGCUGCAGAUGUAUUCAGUUUGGGUGUUUCUAUUCUGGAGCUUGCCUGUAAUAUGGAAGUUCCAAAUGGUGGAGAGGGCUGGCAACAGCUCAGACAAGGCUGCCUCCCCUCAGAGUUUACCAGUGGCCUGUCAACUGAGCUACAGACAGUACUGCGGGCGAUGCUGGCCCCAGAACCAUCUGAGAGGCCAACAGUCUCUGAGCUUCUUGCUCUCCCCUCUGUUAGGAAACACAGGUGGAAGAGGCGCAUCCAUCUUUUGGUCGUUGAGACUAUGCUGACACUAGUCUCUUUCUGUCAGUUGGUGUUGUGCUUUGGGUGUAGGCUCCUCUCCUCCCUUCACUUGUCCUUUCUUCCUCACUGGACAAAGCCAGUGCCCUGUACUCCUCCGAAGGGUAGCUGGGACAAGGAUUUAACCCUGCCUCUCAGUGCCAUGCAUGCUGAAUCUGGGAGCCCAGAGGAUGAUACAGUGUUUCUGUUGGAUCCUACAGACCCAGAGCUUUCCCCCACCUUCUUACACAGGAUCAAAUCCAGAUUGUCUGUGGAAAGCACAUCUACUCCCCUCCCUGGUUCACCAACCCACAAUCAUCGAAGUCCUGCCCGCACACCCACUCACUCAAAUCUGGGUGAUUGGUCCUCCUGUAACUUAGGGCAGACCCCUUCCAGCAUCCACUCAAAUGGUUUCUGCCACUCACUGACACCCAGUGUGAGUCCCAUACAUGCAGAGCUUUGUGCAGAUAGCACGAAUGAAAACUCCACACAGAGCCGACAUUCUUCAUCCACCAAGUCCUCGCAGCGGCGCAAUCGCAACAGUGUCCAAACAGAGGGGGCUCUGCCCCAACCCACAUUUGAACCAAAGAACCUGCUCAGUCUGUUUGAAGAUACAACUCUGGAGGGACUGCCAUGAGUACUAGACUGCCAUUUUACACACAGGGGAAAGAUGUUUUCACUUUAAAAUAAUGGGUGAAGAGGAGCUGAUAUAUAUAUAUAUAUAUAUAUAUAUAUAUAUAUAUAUAUAUAUAUAUAUAUAUAUAUAUAUAUAUAUAUAUAGAAGUAAGUAGUUUUGUAUGAACUGUUUUUUGCCAUUUGUGUCUUACCGCAGCUAUUUUAAGUGUAGCUAUUCAAAAAAAAAUGAUUACUAUUAUUAAGGGGAAAAGGUUAAACCAGACUUCAAAGCACUUUUAUGUUUGUAACUGCAAUCUGUUGCUGAAAUGACAAGUCAUGAUGUAAUGUUAAUAGUUAUCUUAGCUUGGUGUACUCAAUUUACCUCAUGAUGACAGAAGAAAUAAAAUCUGAAUCUAAA